UUCCUAGGCCCUCUUGAGCGCGGCCCCGGCGGUUUGGCGGGGUGAAAGGUUGCGAAGAUGGCGACGGCCUUGAGCGAGGAGGAGCUGGACAAUGAAGACUAUUACUCGUUGCUGAACGUGCGCAGGGAGGCCUCUUCUGAAGAACUGAAAGCUGCCUACCGGAGGCUGUGUAUGCUUUACCAUCCUGACAAGCACAGAGACCCAGAGCUCAAAUCACAGGCGGAACGACUGUUUAACCUUGUUCACCAGGCGUAUGAAGUGCUUUGUGAUCCCCAAACACGGGCCAUCUAUGAUAUCUAUGGGAAGAGAGGACUGGAAAUGGAAGGAUGGGAGGUUGUGGAAAGGAGAAGAACACCAGCUGAAAUCAGAGAGGAGUAUGAGCGACUACAAAGAGAGAGAGAAGAGAGGAGACUGCAACAGCGAACCAAUCCAAAGGGGACCAUCAGUGUAGGCAUUGAUGCCACUGACCUUUUUGAUCGCUAUGAGGAGGAGUAUGAAGAUGUGUCUGGAAGUAGUUUUCCCCAGAUUGAAAUUAACAAAAUGCACAUAUCCCAGUCCAUUGAGGCACCUUUGACAGCUACAGACACAGCCAUCCUCUCUGGAAGCCUCUCGACCCAGAAUGGGAAUGGAGGGGGUUCCAUUAACUUCGCACUCAGACGAGUCACCUCUGCAAAGGGCUGGGGAGAGUUAGAAUUUGCAGCUGGAGAUCUACAAGGACCUUUAUUUGGUCUAAAGCUGUUCCGUAAUCUCACACCCAGAUGCUUUGCAACAACCAACUGUGCCCUGCAGUUUUCGUCCCGUGGAAUCCGACCUGGCCUUACUACUGUCCUAGCUCGGAACCUGGACAAGAACACCGUGGGAUACCUGCAAUGGCGGUGGGGUAUCCAGUCAGCUAUGAACACAAGCAUCGUCAGGGACACCAAGAACAGCCACUUCACUGUGGCCCUACAGCUUGGAAUCCCACACUCCUUUGCAUUAAUCAGUUAUCAGCACAAAUUCCAAGAUGAUGAGCAGACUCGUGUGAAAGGCUCUCUGAAGGCAGGCUUCUUCGGAACAAUAGUAGAGUAUGGAGCAGAGAGGAAAAUCUCCAGGCACAGUGUCCUAGGCGCCACCGUCAGCCUCGGAGUCCCACAGGGUGUUUCUCUCAAAGUCAAGUUGAACAGGGCCAGUCAGACGUACUUCUUCCCUAUUCAUUUGACGGAUCAGCUUCUUCCCAAUGCUGUGUUUUAUGCCACCGUGGGGCCUCUUGUGGUCUACUUUGCUAUGCACCGUCUGAUCAUCAAACCAUACCUCAGGGUUCAAAAGGAAAAAGAAUUGGAAAAGCAAAGGGAAAGCACAGCUACUGACAUUCUGCAGAAGAAACAGGAGGCAGAAGCUGCUGUUCGGUUGAUGCAGGAAUCUGUCCGAAGAAUCAUUGAAGCAGAGGAAUCCAGAAUGGGGCUCAUCAUGGUGAAUGCCUGGUAUGGGAAAUUUGUCAAAGAUAAGAGCAAGAAGCGUGAGAAGGUAAAGGUGAUAGAUGUGACUGUGCCCCUGCAGUGUCUGGUGAAGGACUCGAAGCUCAUCCUCACUGAGGCCUCCAAGGCUGGGCUACCAGGUUUUUAUGACCCAUGUGUGGGUGAGGAGAAGAGUCUGAAAGUGCUCUAUCAGUUCCGAGGUGUCUUGCAUCAGGUCAUGGUACUGGACAAUGAGCCACUUCGAAUACCCAAGCAGUCUCACAGGAUUGAUGCAGAUGGAUAAACUGCUUCAGAAACCAGAAUUAAGAGGCUGCAAAAAAAAAAAAUCUUUUUCUGGGAGUCUACAAAUUUGGAAGCAGGAAAAAGAAAAGUGGGGGAAACAGACAUCAGAUACAUUUAUUUUAUAUUAUUCCUAGAGAAGGUGGUACCAUGUCAAUUAUGUGAAGGGACACAGACACCCUGCCUUCAUGGGUAGGACUGAGGCUGCCCCGCCUGAACCAGAACCUCAGCACACCCAUGUCUGUCUUCCCAAGGAUCAUGUCCCUGGAGGGAAGGACAGGUUCCCAGCACUCGUGCUGACUGCAACUACCCGUCAUCCGUUCCCAGUCUGGAAGUAUUUAUGGAAUACCCAGCCCUCCCACACAGGACUGUGAACUCCAUUUCCUAAAACUCACUGAAUGUGAGGUCAAAAUGGAAAGAAAGGAGUUCUCACAAGCAGAGUUCUCCAGGUCAGUGAGCACCUGUUCAGUCAGCUUCCCGAAAGCCACCUUUUCCUGCUGAAAUAUUACUGAGUGAAUAUGGAGAGGAUUGUGUGGGUUUAUAAAUCUGCUUUUUAUCUGAUAA